UGAGCAUUGAACUGAACUUGGCCCAAUUUGUUGAACCCAGUCUUGUUAAGCUCAGUUUCGUGGUUGAUUUCGGUUCGCGACGACGUGUGCGCCCGUCCCUUUUACAGACGCGUUCGGUUGGAACUGUAUCGAUUAAUGGUUUUUGAAUUGUGUUUCAAAAGCAAUUUCUGGAAAUACGAUACGCUUUUUGAUGGAUCGACGAAUGUAGUCUAACGUAGGCAUUAUAUGUUUCAUUACUUCGCGUGUAAAGACAAAGAACUUCAUCGUGUGAGUGACAGAUCAAUAAGAACGUGCAUUGAACAGUUGACACACACACAGUCACACAUAUAAAGAAAAGGCACAAUCGCAGUGAAGAACAUUGACGUUAAAUAGAUUGAUUUUCGUAGUGCAGUUUUCGUAACAAGUGAUAUUUGAGCAAAAAGAAGGAAGUACACGAUCAGCUGCUAGUGCAAAUCGGACGUUUAAAAACACUUAGUUGUGAAAAAACGCUACCAAAAUGCUGUUUGAAUCGGAAUGUGCAUUUUUUAUGUCGGCUGCCGUUGCUGUGUCUACGGCACAUUCGCCAGCGUCUCAGUCGGCGAAAGCAACUCAGCAGAUACCCAUGUCACCAUCCCUUUCAAAAGAUGGUACUUUUUCAAACGGCUUUUUCGAUAUAGAGCAACCUCACUUGUUGGUAACCAAUCAUCGAGAGCCGCAGAUACAAAGAGAAUAUCCCUUGCAUCUGUUACCAAAUCAAACACUGCCGCUACAAGAAACGCCUCGACCUCAACUACCACUACAAGAACAGAAGCUACCAGAAAGAGAACACAUUAAACAGCGGGAAGAGCAGCAAUUGAUCCACCAGCAGCAGCAGCAGCAACCAGAUCAACAUAUACAACAGAAAGAACGUCCACAGCAGCAUCAUCAACAAAACCAACAACAACACCAACAUCAAAAACAGCAGCAUCAAGAGCAACAGCUAAAACAUCAGCAGGAGCAGAAACAAGACAUUUCUUCAUUUAAAAAAGAUUCUGUAGAAUAUACCAUGGAAUCUAAAAUAGAGCAAUAUCCAGAACAGCUAUUACAAAAAGCUACAGCAACUCAGAAUGAACAAGAGCAAGAUACGAAAAAGAAACGAAGUAUUCUAAAACCAAAGCAACAGUCCGCUGAAGAAUUGUCCAUGAGCUCUAAAACGUCAGUUGGUCAAGAGCAUCCCAAGUCUUCCUCUGCUCCAGAAACAGCGGCCCAACGGAAAUCUUCCACCAAAUCAAAAAGCUCGACCAACGGUAGCGGGUCGAAAAACAUCAGCCCGAAAACCAGAAAGUUGUCCCUGAAGACGAUCAUCUACCGGCAGUUGAUGGCCGCAGGUGGCCAAGGCAUUGGCGUAGGCAUCGAUAAGGACCUGCCGAUUCCGGCGCGGAUACGACCACCACUACGUAUUCCAAAAGCUGCUACGGAUGGCAACAGUGUCAAAAAGACCUCCAAUAAGACGUCUUCCUCUUCUGCAUCGAAGACCAUCAGUUCCGAUUCUUCGAGCGAUGCUAUACCUGAACAUUUCAAAUCGGAUAUUGGAGGAACUAUCAUUCCGGCCAGCAAUCCACCGGCGAGGCAACGAGUUCGUCUAGAUGCAGAACAGAUCGAACAUAUGUGUUCAAUCUUUAUACAUCGAAUAUCGCCAUGUAAGUUAUUACUCUACUGCCAGUUUGAUUACUCUAAAAACAAAACAAAUGCUUUAGGCACUUGCAUCGCAAAGGUAACACAUGAGAUAUGUCUUAUGUUUUUGUUCAAGAAUUAA